GAUUCCAUUUCGCCUCUUCCGUCUUCCCCUCCCCCUCCUUUCGCCUGCCGGCUGCUUUUGCGGAGAAUCCUCGGGUGUAAAAGCAGCGGUCUCUGCACGGACUCGAACCAGCUUUCCAGCUUCAACUAUCUAUCUGGGGUUGCGCAGCAAAUUGUUCAUACCAUUCCUUUCGCAUCACGGUACCGAUAUAUAGUGCUGGUGAUCUUCAUCCAUCUGCACUGGCUGUGAUCUGUGGUGCAGGAUGUUAUUUGACCGUUCUUGAUCGCCCUGUCUCCUCGACGCGUCCGCGCAUCCAACAACUACUCCGGUCGAAAGCCAUUAUUGUUUCCUUGCCCUUCUUUUAUGAUUUGUAUGCUUUAGACCUGUCUAUCUUGGAGUCCUCACAAUGGAGGGACCGCGGUUGGCCUCGUUAUCCCUGACUCAUGUACAUUAUAACCCUGAUGACCCCGUUUCCUUCGUUUCGGCCUGGCUCGCCUUAGUUCCGCAGGCUUUAUGUGUCGCCUACGUCACUCUUAUCUGGGCAUCGAGGGAGGUGGAGGUGAUUCUCAUGUUCGCGGGGCAGAUGGGCUGCGAGGCAUUGAACUUUGUCCUCAAGAGGCUGAUCAAGGAGGAGCGCCCGAAGCAGAUGUACGGCAAGGGAUAUGGCAUGCCCUCAUCCCAUUCACAGUUUGUCAGCUACUUCGCGGUCUCUCUCAUCCUUUUCCUCCUCUUCAGACACCUCCCGACCCCGUCGAGCACCUCCGCUUCGCGCAGUUACACAGAACGACUGAUCAUCUCCGUACUCGCAUGUAUCGGUGCGACUAGCGUCUCUGUGAGUCGGAUAUACCUCAACUACCACACCCCUAAGCAGGUCUUGGCGGGAUGCGCUGCAGGUGUCGUCUAUGCCAUCUUUUGGUACUGUUUCACAGCAUAUUUGCGACACGCAGGAUGGGUCGAUUGGGCACUUGACACAGAGCUGGCUGGACUUCUACGCCUUCGCGAUCUGGUGGUGAGUGAAGACCUUAUUGAGGUCGGCUGGCGACAAUGGGAAGCGAAACGGAAGCUGAAGCGACGAGAUAAUAGUGAUUCGUCGCGUAAGACCGAAUAGUUUGCAAUGUUAUAGUGAGGCACAGCCCUUCUCAGGUGGAUUGGGAACAUCUCUUGUUGGCCGUAGUCAAAAUAUUAAAGUUAAUAAUAUACCUUCUGCUUUGACCUCCGGAUGUAGUAUGCCAUUGAUUCUACUCUAUAUUUUAC